UACUGUCGUUUCGAGAUAUUUCCGAAAAACCAAAAUGGCGUUAGCAUGGCAGCCGGACAAUGAUGGUUUGGAGCAAAUUUUACAGCUUUUGAAGGAAUCCCAGAGUCCCAACACAGAAAUACAGAGAGCAGUUCAACAAAAAUUGGAAUCUUUGAACCAGUUUCCUGAUUUCAACAAUUAUCUCAUCUUUGUUUUGACGAAGCUCAAGGACCAAGCUAAUGAACCUACAAGGUCACUGAGCGGUCUAAUCCUCAAAAACAAUGUGAAGGCUCACUUCCACAACUUCCCGAAAGAGGUGACAGAAUUCAUCAAGUCGGAAUGUCUCGCAAACAUCGGCGACCCAUCACCCCUCAUCAGGGCGACCAUCGGUAUCCUUAUCACUACCAUAGCAACCAGAGGCGAGCUACAGAACUGGCCCAUCCUCCUCCCGACGCUCUGCCAACUCCUGGACUCGGAAGACUACAACACCUGUGAGGGAUCAUUUGGGGCCUUGCAGAAGAUCUGUGAGGAUUCGGCCGAUGUCCUGGAUAGCGACGCUCUUGAUCGCCCACUCAACUUUCUCAUUCCAAAACUGCUGGAUUACUUCAAGCAUGCCUCCCCCAAGAUCAGGUCCCAUGCUAUUGCAUGUGUAAACCAGUUCAUCAUCAGCAAAACACAAGCCCUUAUGCUACAUAUAGAUCCCUUUAUGAAUAACCUAUUUGAAUUAGCUUCCGACGAAGACACCGAAGUGCGGAAGAAUGUAUGCAGAGCAUUGGUGAUGCUCCUGGAAGUGAGACUAGAUAGGCUUAUCCCACACAUGCAGAACAUUAUAGAGUACAUACUGUUACGGACCCAGGAUGGCGAUGAGGCUGUUGCCUUAGAAGCAUGUGAGUUUUGGUUGACAUUGGCAGAACAGAGCAUCUGUAAAGACAUCCUAGCUCCACAUUUACCAAGGUUAAUUCCAAUUUUGAUCAAGGGUAUGAAGUACUCUGAGAUUGACAUCAUCUUGUUGAAAGGAGAUGUUGAAGAGGAUGAAAUGAUCCCAGACAAUGAACAGGAUAUAAAACCAAGAUUCCACAAGUCCAAGACGCACGCUCAGCAGCAUUCAUUCGAAGAGGAAGAGGGAGAUUCAGCAUCUGAUUAUGGCAUGGAUGACGAUGAUGCAUUAUCGGACUGGAAUCUUAGGAAAUGUUCAGCAGCUGCUCUUGACAUGCUUGCCAAUGUCUUCAGAGAUGAGCUGAUGCCUGUGCUCCUACCGAUCUUGAAAGAAACUCUCUUCAGUUCUGACUGGGAGGUGAAGGAGUCUGGUAUUCUUGUGUUAGGAGCCAUUGCAGAAGGUGUCACAUUUGGUAUUGAUUCAGGUUGCGUGAAUGCGAUGAGCAUGCAUCUACCAGAGUUGGUCCCGUUCCUCAUCAACUGCCUGUCGGAGAAGAAAGCCCUGGUACGUUCCAUCACCUGCUGGACGCUCAGCAGAUACUCCCAUUGGGUCAUUAACCAACCUCAUCAUCUCUACUUCCAGAAGCUCAUGCAAGAGCUUCUGAGGCGAAUCUUAGACAGCAACAAGCGAGUCCAGGAGGCAGCAUGCAGUGCGUUUGCAACCCUGGAGGAAGAAGCAUGCACAGAACUCGUGCCGUACCUACCAAACAUCCUGGAGACGUUGGUGUAUGCUUUCAAUAAAUACCAGCACAAGAAUCUCCUGAUCCUCUACGAUGCCAUCGGUACACUGGCAGACUCUGUAGGCCAUCAUCUCAACAAGGAGGAGCAUAUAGACAUCCUGAUGCCUCCUCUAAUUGCCAAGUGGAACCAGUUGAAGGAUGAAGACAAGGAUCUGUUUCCACUGCUAGAGUGUCUGUCAUCGGUAGCCACAGCACUUCAGUCUGGUUUCCUUCCUUACAGCCAGCCAGUGUUCCAGAGGUGCGUCUCCCUGACGGAGAAGACACUGGCACAGAUCAUGGCAUCCAACAUGAACCCAGAGAUUGAGCCUCCCGACAAGGACUUCAUGAUCGUGGCCCUGGAUCUGUUGAGUGGUCUAGCGGAAGGUCUAGAAGGUCACAUAUCUCAGCAUGUAGCAAGCAGCAACAUCAUGGGGCUUCUCUUUCAAUGUAUGCAGGACAAGAUGCCUGAGGUUAGGCAAAGUUCAUUUGCUUUGCUGGGUGAUCUAACUAAAGCUUGCUUUCAAUUAGUCAAGCCAUGCAUCAAUGACUUUCUACCAAUCUUGAGUCAGAAUCUCAAUCCUGAGUUCAUCUCUGUUUGUAACAAUGCUACGUGGGCUAUAGGAGAAAUCUCUAUUCAAAUGGGUCCUGCCAUGGAAGAAUUCAUUCCUGGGGUUCUGUCACAGUUAACUGAGAUCAUCAACAGACCAAACACUCCCAAGACCCUGCUAGAAAACACUGCUAUCACGAUAGGGCGGCUUGGCUUGGUAUGUCCUGCUGCAGUGGCCCCCAUGCUUUCGCAGUUUAUCCGACAGUGGUGUACAUCGUUGCGUAACAUCCGUGAUAAUGAAGAGAAAGACUCAGCAUUCCGAGGUAUCUGUGCCAUGAUUACCAUCAACCCAUCCGGUGUAGUACAGGAUUUCAUCUUUUUCUGUGACGCAGUGGCAUCAUGGCAAAACCCCAAGCCAAACUUGAAGGAGAUGUUUGCAAAGAUUUUACAUGGUUUCAAGAACGAAGUUGGUGAGGAGCAAUGGCAGCCAUUCUCCGCUCAGUUCCCACCUCCGCUAAGGCAGAUAUUAGCUAUGCAGUACCACCUCUAACAUCUACCAAGAGAUAUAUUAUGGGAAUCCACCACCACCACAAGAGAGGGGAUGUCAACACCCUCCUUGAAGGGUAGCGGGAGGGGCCACGCAACGAGGGAGGGCCACCAGCACCAGGGAAGGCACAGGAGGGGGCGAACCACUACCACCUGUAGGGGACCAGAGGGGCGCAACCCAGAGGGGUGCAAAACCCACAUCGGGGUAGGAAUGAUGUGGGCCUUGGUAGGGAAGGGGUGCAAAGCUUGCACCCGGUUGUAAUGGGAGGACAGCUCUCGAUAGACUCUUAGGAGCUUCGGAGCAACGGGAGGGAGGAAGAUCAAUAGAUAGGGUAUGAUUUUAUCAGAGAGAAUCGCAUCAUCAAGCGGUAAAUGCUAAAUGAUGGCAUAGCGGCUCUCUGUUAGAUCACCAUCAUUAUAUCUCUCUAAGAUUCAACAAUGUCUGUUUAUGCGAAGCUGUUGAAUAUUCAGCUCUGCUGUUGUCUUCGGCGAAUGUUAAUGAUUAUAUUGCGUAUAAUAUCGGCAUGUAAUGCAGUGAUUACUUCAAAAGAUGUACCAGAAUAGCGUAUAUUUAUCAAUCACAAAUUUCUUGCAGUGUGACGAAUAAGAAUUGAUUAUUUGAGAAUCAAUCGCCUUUGGUCAGUAAUCAUUGAAAACGUAAUCUGUAUAUCUUCAUCAUUUCCAUCACAGGCUAUACGUGUAUAUGUUGCGGUAGAAAUAUAUAUACUGUGUUGGCAGUAUUAAGCACUUAUGUUAGGCAGGCAUUCUAACUCUGUGUGUUGUAGAGAAUUGUAGAUCAUAUUUCAGUAAGGUUUAUAUAUAUAUCUAUCAUAUUGAGAAACUAAUACUUCAGGGAUAAUCUCCAUUCAUAUUUUUGUGUCAUAAUGAUAUUUGCAAGUCAAGUAGCACGUAGUAAAAUUGGACAAAUUCCUCAAUUUCUUUAACUAUUAGUUUUCAAGAUUCAACUUGUAGAAAUACUGUAGCAUCUGGAUUUGAAUUGAAUAUCAUCACAGUAAAUCUCAAUUUAUUCAACAUUGAGUUUAAGUAAAUAUUUGAUUGAUUGGAAAAAAAUUAGUUGUAUACAUUCUUUAAUAUGUACCAUCAAUAUAUUAACCAUUGUUUUAUGUAAGUUUCUUCUUUUUUAGAGACAGAAUAGAAAAGGAAACUAGAUAUUUUAAUAAAGACAUGAGGUGUUCAGAUAUUCUCUUUGGUAAACUAUUUUGCAGACAUAUAUAAUUGCAGUGAAAACAACAUAUUUUAUGUGCUCGGACUACUAAGAGUUUGGUGUUGCAUAUCACCGAGAUAUACUACCAGAUAAGUGCUUGAGCUAGUAUUUGUGAAUAGUGUUGUGACAAGCAUCUAUGUGAUAUGGUUUUCCACAACACAUACACUUUCCAUGUCUUAUGAAAUUGAUUUGAUUUAAUUUUGGUGAAGAUGUUUUACAGAGUACAGCGGUGCUACAAAGUAAUUGAACUCCACCAGAAAAUGCACUCUUUCAUGCUGAAUGUUGAAUGUAAAAUACAACAACACUGCAAUAUCCCAAGAGUUCAGAGAAACAAACUUUAUUGAAUUCAAUAUUUAAUCGAUUCACAAUAAAAUAUCUAGAACUUGGCAGAACCCGAACACUUUAAAGUAUGUUCAUUUUCUGAUGGGGUUCAAUAUUUUUCUAGCACCACUGUAUAUACAUAUGAUUUAGAUAGGUAGUAUGCAUUUUUCUCUACCUGUAGCCUUUAAUUUUACAUGGCUAGUACACUGGCUAGUACACUGGUUGAAGGUUGUUUGCUUAGCUAAGCUGCACUGUUUGUUUUUACUUAGUUCAAGUAAUUAUUCAGCAUGACACACUACAUUUCGCUCUUAUUCUUAGAUCUUAAAACAUUAUUUUUGUGCAUAUGAUAGACAAAUCGUCUCUAUUUUGAAAUGGUGCAGAAAUUGUAAUCUUGCACCUUUAUUACUUUUCUUUCAGUUUUUUCCGGUAUUAGUUUUGCUCCUUUUCAUUCAUCUUAUUUGCUUCAUACAAAGCAGCAAUAAUCAAAUAAGUUCUAGUAUGAUGUGUAGAGUCAUGUAUAUGCAUAAUGUUCAUACUGUAGUUCCUUUAUAAGAAUGGAUGGAAGAAAAUAGUUGCUAAGUGAGAUUGAAUCACUUCUCCACAGAUAUUUUACUAUGUUUAUUAAGAAAGACGUGCUUCAGGAGAGGUUGGUUACUUUAUACGAUACACUGCCUAUUGGUUAUGCAUUGGCUAUCGAGCACUUGAUAAUUUAGCUUCACGAGUUCCCUGAAAUUGCUUGGAUAGAACGUCGGUCUGUUGUGUAAAACUGAUGGGGUUACAAUUGAACGCAUCAUUAUUCAAAUCAUGUGAAACUCCCACUGUAGUCUUGAAUACAAGGAAGCAUAAACCAGUAAUAGGUUAGUGGUGAUUGUCUUGCGCUUUGAUUGUAGUAUUUUAAGUCUGGCUCCUGUGCAGCGUGUGAACGCACGUGGUGUUAGUGUGGAAGUCACAUCUGGAUUUCCUGGUUAUUAUCGUAAGAUGUACUUAUUUCUAGUUUUGCCUGUCGUAUGAAUACACGUUGUUGCCUGAUGUUUAGUGCAUGUUGGAU